CGGGUUUCGGUGAAAAUAAGGGAUGAAAGCACCCCUGCGAGUUUGACAGUUCGCGCAUCUGAAAUAAAAUGGCCAAUUCUAAAUACAAUAGGGUGAUUUAUAAGUAAAUAACGAGGGUUGAAGUUUUAUUAAAAAUACUUACGAAAAGUUUUUCCAACGGAAAUUUGUUAUCUACAUUACUUAAGGGAAUAAAUAUUAACAUGACCCAACAUGAACUUUCCAUCAUUCGGAGGUCAUUUUGCAACAGCUUUGCCAACGAUACAUCAAUUCGCUGCAAAAUUUUCGCAAGGCAACUCCUCUGCCUCGUUGUGCCCCUCUCAGGAGACCACCACUCAAAGGUACACUGCCAAUGGAAUACCUUCGUUCACCCAACAUCACCAUGCUAAUCCCCAACAAAUGCUCUCCACUGUAAACACCAAGGAGCUGAGACAAUGCCAGAACAAUUACUUACUCAACCAAACGAUCUAUCCUCAUAACAACAGCAAUAACAACGGACAAGAGAAACGCCAGCAUUUCGAACCGCAGGAAUUCGCACAGGAAUUAUGCACUGCUAUGUUACAGCAGAAUCAACAGCAACAACUCGACAAAGUUAAAGACAAGUCCAAGCAACCUCACCCUCAUCGACCAGUUCAACAAACUCCAAGAAACGAUGGCGAGAGUAAUCCUUCCACAACAGUAUGGUCCAGCUUGACUUCGUCCCCUUCCACUGUUACAGUAGCCAAUUACUUAUCACAAUUACCCACUACUUCACUACCACUGAGCAUCCACCACUUCCUCAAAUACUCCACCGAGAAUCUCAACUUGAAAAAGGAAAACCUUCUGCUCCACGCCAACGGGAGUAAAGUAUGCGACAACAACGUGCAACAACUCGGCAACAACAAUCCCGACGCGUUGAUGCAAAACGCCAUGAACUUCGGCUCGUCCAACGCCAAUUGCUUGAACAAUUUGGGAAGCCUAACCAACGGACAAAUCCAGAACACUGUAGCAACCAAGAAGAAGAAGAAAAAAGUGGAGAAGGAGAAGAAACCGAGACCCAAACCGGGCGAAAUUCGCCUAACAACCGCCCUAGACGGCUCGACUUUGUAUUGCUGCCCCGAAUGCCACAUGGCUUAUCCAGAUAAGGACCUUCUGGAGCAGCACUUGGUCGGGCACACGUUGGAGCGGCGCUUCGUCUGCGACAUCUGCGGCGCCGGACUGAAACGAAAGGACCAUUUGACCAGGCACAAGCAAUCGCACAAUCCGGAGAGGCCCUACGUUUGCACCGUAUGCCUCAAAGCCUUCAAGAGAAAGGAACAGUUGACGUUGCAUUUCGUCAUUCACUCGGGCGAGAAGAGACAUUCGUGCCCGGAAUGCGGCAAGGGAUUUUACAGGAAAGACCAUUUGAGGAAGCACACCAGAUCGCACAUACAACGGCGGGUUAAAGCGGAAUUGUCGCAGCAAGGUACGACUGCAUCACAGGCGAUUCAUCUGCAAGUGCAGCCUCCGGUCGCAUCUAACAUCAAUAUGGCUUCCUGUAUUCUUCCAUGAAGUCGAUACGAAAGUUGAAAGAUCUUCGCUGAGUAAACUUACACUCAGGGCCGGAUUUUAUUCCUAUAGGCUAACACAUGCUAGGGUCUCGAGAUCAAGAGAGGCCCACAUUCAAAUUUCAAACUGACAAAUGAAUGGAAAAAGAGUAAGUGGGCAUCUUUUCGUCUAAAUUCGGCCCUGUUUACGUUGUAAGUAUCAUUACUAUUUGGCGAUUGAGGACAUUCUAGUACUAUGGACGGGAAAUACAUACAAAAUAACGCUUAGGCGCGAUAAUUUUUGGCUGUGAUAUUUUCGUAAUUUUGUUAUGAUCUGCUUGAAGUAAGGUCAUGUAGGUAGAACAAAAAAAUCGAAUGCGAAAUUCAAAAUUAUUUCGAUUUAAUUGGAACGGAGAAGUGUUAGUUUUCGCUUUAUACGCCCUUGUAUAAGUACUAGAAUUAUAAUUGUAAGGUUCAAAAUACACCCUAGUAUUUAAUAUACAGUGUGUUUUAAUAAAAAUAGAAGUUUUGAAGGGAUUUUUUUAACACACUGUAUGUGACACUCUAGUCAUUUGGGGCUACCUCAUACUCUAUAUGUGAUAAAAAUUUUGAAGUAUUCCGAAGCGUUACUUUUUCAAUUAGAGCGGUACAAAAAACGUUUGCUUUAAAAUAAAUGUGUAGUACAAAGUACAUACCUUAUUAAGUAGUUUUUUUCAUUGUUUUCAUGUGAAACAUACAAAAAUAUUGUUUAGUUGUUAUUAUUUUUAAUUUUGUUACGAAUGUUGUUUUAGAAAUAAUUUCUUUGUCUGUUAAUGCUUUCAGAUAAAAAUAAUACAGCGAUAUUAG